AAGAAAAAGUCCGCGUCCCAAGACGCCUUCCGUUUCCCCCACGCCUCCACAAGCUUCGUGCCUGUCCUGCCCGGCUCACGGAGGCACAGAGACCCAAGAGCACCAGCCGCAGCCACGCCGCACCUAGCAUCUGCAUGAGAGCGAGCGGCAGGCGACGUGUCGCGGUGGCAGGCAGGCGAGCGCACACCUGGAGCCCAACCACGGCGACACCCAAACUCCCCACCUCACCCCCUCGCCUCCGCCCUCCGCCGCUCCGCGCCUAUUUAGACCCCGGGAUAAGGAUGGAUCGAGACCCUGAUGCUCCUUGCUUGACAGUCUCCCUCCGUCUCCUCGCUCUCCGGCCACCAUGGUACACGAGACAAGAUCACGGACGCAUGCGGCUGAAGAAGGGAAGGCUGCCCCGAAAAGACAGAAGGCUGAAAACAAAGAGCAGGAAGGGGGGCAGCAGGCGCCCGCCAAGAACAAGAAGUCGGUCGAGCCUGAGGCGUCAACAAAGACCAAGAAGCUCAAAGCUGAUCAAUCUGAGCUAAAUGGAAAGGAUAGUGCCACGAAAGAGUUCAUGGGCUUCUGCAAGGCCAUAAGAGAACACCUCUCCAUUGAUGACAUGCGCAAGAUCCUUGAAGCCAAUGAGCAAGAUGCUUCUGGAUCAGAAGAUGCAGUUGUUCCGAGCUGCGAGGAUAUGUUGUUCUACGGGCCUCUCGAAAAGUGCCCGAUUUGUGGUGGUCAGCUUGAGUGUAUGGGGUGGAAAUACAAGUGUACCGGGAAAUACAGUGAGUGGGCUAGCUGCGUUUUCCGCACUAACAAUCCUCCAAGGAAAGGUGGUCCUAUAAAGGUCCCGGAUGACGUGAGCAAUGAUUUUGUGAACAAGUGGCUGAAGCAACAAGAAGGGAAGGGUUACCCUAAACGUGAUAUGGAUGAAGAGGCCCAUAUCUUCUCGGGCAUGAUGAUUGCAUUGUCUGGACGGAUGUCACGCUCACAUGCUUAUUUCAGGGAGCAAAUUAUGAAGCAUGGAGGAAAAGUCAGUAAUUCUGUGCUUGGUGUCACAUGUGUGGUUGCUUCUCCAGCUGAGAGAGAUAGAGGUGGCUCGGGAGGAUUUGCUGAAGCACUGGAGCGUGGAACUCCUAUCGUCAGUGAGAACUGGAUAGUUGAUAGCAUCCAGAAGAAGGAAGCCCAACCUUUGGCUGCUUAUGACAUUGUAUCUGAUGUUGUUCCGGAAGGCAAAGGACUACCACUGGACAAGCUUGAUCCAAGUGAGGAGGCCAUUGAGACUCUUGCUGCAGAGCUGAAGCUUGCUGGCAAAAGAUCAGUCCAUAAGGACUCUAAACUGGACAAAGAUGGUGGGCGUAUCUUUGAGGACGAUGGUGUCAUCUACAAUUGUGCCUUUUCGGUGUGCGACUUGGGAUCUGAGAUGAACCAGUUUUGCAUUAUGCAGCUGAUCAUGGUACCUGACAACCGCUUACACCUUUACUACAAAAAGGGUCCGAUUGGCCAUGAUCAGAUGGCAGAGGAACGAGUUGAGGAUUUUGGUAGCCGUGUCAAUGAUGCUAUUAAGGAAUUUGUUCGUCUGUUUGAGGAGGUUACUGGAAAUGAGUUCGAGCCAUGGGAGAGAGAAAAGAAGUUUGAGAAGAAGAGUAUGAAGAUGUACCCCUUGGACAUGGAUGUUGGUUACGAUGUGCGUCAUGGAGGUGUGGCACUUCGUCAUUUGGGAUCUGCAGCAGCACACUGCAAGCUUGACCCUUCCAUCUCUUUUCUUCUAAAGCAAUUGUGCAGCCAAGAAAUAUAUAGGUAUGCUUUGACAGAGAUGGCCCAAGAUCUGCCUGACCUUCCUGUUGGGAUGCUUACAGAUCUCCAUUUGAAGAGAGGGGAGGAAAUGCUACUUCAGUGGAUUCGAGAUGCGGAACCAGCGCCGGAGUCCCGCCCUGCUGCUGAUGCAUUCUGGAUAGAAAUAAGCAACAAGUGGUUCACCCUAUUCCCCACAACUCGGCCAUAUACAAUGAGGGGAUUUGAACAGAUCGCUGACAACGUGGCCUCUGGUUUCGAGACGAUCCGUGACAUAAAUGUUGCUUCUCAUCUUAUAGGGGAUACAUUUGGGUCAACCUUAGAUGACCCACUGUCUGAAUGCUACAAGAAGCUCGGUUGUUCAAUCAACUGUGUUGUUGAGGAUUCAGAGGAUUACAAGAUGAUUGCUAAGUAUCUGGAGAAAACAUAUGAACCUGUCAAGGUUGAUGAUGUGGUUUAUGGUGUGUCCAUUGAUCGGAUAUAUGCUGUUGAGUCCAGUGCAUUUCCUUCUUAUAACGACAUCAAGAAUUUACCAAACAAAGUUCUUCUCUGGUGUGGAACUAGAAGCUCAAACUUGCUCAGGCAUAUACAUAAAGGUUUCCUGCCUGCUGUUUGUCAUCUACCUGUGCCAGGAUACAUGUUUGGUAAAGCUAUAGUCUGCUCGGACGCAGCAGCCGAGGCUGCUCGCUAUGGCUUCACGGCGGUGGAUCGUCCAGAAGGAUACCUGGUCUUGGCAGUGGCUUCUCUGGGAGAGGAGAUCAAAGAGAUAACAGGCACCCCGGGGGCAGAGGAUGUGAAAUCUAUGGAGGAAAAGAAGGUCGGCGUGAAGGGGGUAGGGAGGAAGACGACGGACGACUCGGAGCACAUCACCUGGAGGGACGACGUGAAGGUGCCAUGCGGCAAGCUGGUGCCUUCUGGAAACAAGGAUGGGCCGCUCGAGUACAACGAGUUCGCCGUCUACGAUCCGAAGCAGGUGAGCAUACAGUUCCUGGUUGGGGUGAGGUACGAGGAGCAGAACAUGGAGCUGGUGCCAGACGAGUGAAGGACGCAGAUGGUUAGUUAACAUGUAGUUAGUCCCCUGCAUUUUGCCUACUGGUUGUAUGGAAUGCUAGAGUAGUGGCGUUAUUUUGUGGUCGGCGGGGCGAUGAAUAUGGUGACAGUAGCAUCUAGGGCAGUCGUGCUGCCUUUCUCUUGGUUGAUCGCCGGCGCUGGCAGGCUUGUUGGAUGGACAUGCUGCAGGAGAUGCUACUAAGCAUGGUUGGUAGUGUCAGUGUCUGUAUCAGAAUUUCAGGAGAAACGCCAGUAAGCAUGUUGUAGUGUCUGUCAGUUGUAUCAGAAUGUAUGUGCAUGCCCGGGCCCCGGAGCUCUAGCCGCUUAGCACCUUCUACUUC